GGGAGUGGUUUAGGACCCGGGGCGGGCCUCCCUGCUGUCAGUGGAACUCAGAAGUUGUGGCUGCGAGCUUGCAGGCGGCGACAGUCAGGACUCCUGGGAGGUCCCGCCCGUUACACCGACUCUCACCGCCCCGACCGCCCCGCGCCAGCCAUGAAGGGCUCACUGUUCAAGGAGAACUUUUGGAGUUCGGACAUCCUCAGCACCAUCGGCUAUGAAACCAUGGUCCAGCAUCUGAACAAUGGCCGCAAGAGCUGCAAAGAGUUUGAAGAUUUUUUAAAAGAAAGGGCAGCAAUUGAAGAGAAAUAUGGCAAAGACCUGCUCAACCUCUCUAGGAAGAAGCCAUUUGGACAGUCUGAGAUCAACACUCUGAAGCGGGCUCUUGAAGUCUUCAAGCAGCAGGUAGACAAUGUGGCGCAGUGUCACAUUCAGCUUGCACAGACUCUAAGAGAAGAGGCCAGGAAAAUGGAAGAAUUCAGGGAAAAGCAAAAGCUACAACAGAAAAAGACAGAGCUUAUAAUGGAUGCUGUCCAUAAACAAAGGAACUUACAAUUCAAGAAAACCAUGGAUGCAAAGAAGAACUAUGAACAGAAAUGCCAGGACAAGGAUGAAGCAGAACAGGCUGUCCACAGGAGUGCCAACCUUGUGAACCCAAAGCAACAAGAAAAGCUUUUUGUGAAACUGGCAACAUCGAAGACUGCAGCAGAGGAUUCUGAUAAAGCCUACAUGCUGCACGUCAACACGCUGGAGAAGAUCCGAGAAGAGUGGCAGAAGGAGCACAUCAAGGCCUGUGAGGUGUUUGAGGCUCAAGAAUGUGAACGAAUAAACUUCUUCCGGAAUGCAUUGUGGUUACACAUGAAUCAGCUGUCACAACAGUGUGUCACAAGCGAUGAGAUGUAUGAAGGAAUCCGUAAGAGUUUAGAAAUGUGCAGCAUUGAGAAAGACAUUGAGUACUUUGUGAACCAACGGAAAACUGGGCAGAGUCCACCAGCACCAGUUAUAUAUGAGAACUUCUACUGCCCCAAGAAGAGUGCAGCCCCACCAGGAAAGCCUGGACCUAACUUGGCAAGAAAACAAAGCUUUUUCACCUAGUGCUUCUACGGCGUGGAAGGAAGCACCGAGAGUAGCAGAAUCUACAGCCGAAGUGUGACAGUCAUGAAGACAUUGAAGUGAAUCUUUGUGGUAGUUUUUUGAUAUUUGAAAUUUAUGGUAGACAUUUAGUUCAACUUAAGCUAAUAGGAGUCUGCAGUUUUCUGAAGAAGUUUACAAAUUAUCCAGACUGAAGAAUUAUCUUCCCAGUCAGCUACUAAAGUUGUGAAUGAAUUGUAUUUUCUACUUGGGAAGCAGGAGAAGUUUUUGGAUUUGGAGCAGAGAAAUGCAAGUCAUCAGCCUGCAGAAGAACCUUCUCUAGAUUUGGAGGGGAGCGGGGUCAUGGCUUGGAAUUUCCACAGAAACACACACACUCAGUGGCACGAGUUUUUUAAUUGCUUUCCUUUUUGGAUGGAAGACUUAGAGGCCAUCUGAUCACACUUUAUCAUUUUACAGAUGAGGAAAUGAGGCCCAGAAGUGUUAAACCAAUUUCCUUAUAGUUCUCCCAGCUGGUUAGGGGCAGAACCAGAACUAGGGCCCAGGUAUGUCAUCCCAUAUCCUGUUUUUCUAACCCUGCUUGAGGCUGUGAUGCUCAUGCUGAAAUUUAAGACACCAAAUAUUUUUGCCAGCAUUUUUUCAGUUGGGAAAAUCACCAGGGUUUAAAUGUCAGACUUAUUUUUAUGUGGAUCACUGUGUAUACUGAACUUAAUUUAAGAAACCAUUGAUUGUAAAACACACCAUUAGUUUAUGUACCACUAAGAAGGUGAGGUGGGGGAGUUGCCAAUUAACCUGCGACAAGUCACUGAUGGCCAAGACCUUAAGAAUUUAAAGUGUGAAAAAAUACACAUCUUAGAAUCAAUGAAAUAUGGUGUUUUGUCUUGAGAAUUUUCUAGAAAAUUCUAUAAAGCCAAUCUUCAAUCCUGGGUCUUCACAGAAAACCUUUCCUUUGCUAGACUCUGGAAUCCUUAAAGUGUCAAUCUUUCCUUUUCACAAAUACUUAAGCCUUUUUUUUGUCAUCCACAAACAGCAGCGAGGUUACCUAUUGCUGUGGACAGAGUAGGACUGCUCCAUAGAGUUUCCAAGGAGUGGCUGGUGGAUUUGAAUUGCCAAUCUUUGGAUCAGCAUCUGAGCUCUUAACCACUGUGCCACCAGGGCUCUACAGGGAGGUUAGGUACCUUUUUUACAACAUUUGCACACUGUGAGAAUGGUAUGUUUUAGUUAAUGUAAGUUAAAACAGCCAGUGCUGUUUUAACUUACCAUUAACUUCCAGCACUGGUAUGCUGGAAAGUCCUGUUACCACAAAGAGCAAAAAAAAUUUUUUUCUCUCCUGCUCUAUGCAGUUGCUUUCCCAGAAUAUGAACACACUGACUGAGGGAAGAUUGAUUCUCACUCCCCUCCCCUUUAAUGUAAGACGCUCCUGAAUGUGGUAGCUUCUUGUCAGGCAGGAAACUUGCAUCAUUUAGAUAUCCUUUUGAGAAACUAACAUGUGCAAAGCGUCACUGACUUCCCCAAACUAAACAGGCUCAGGACAUUUCCCUUCAAACUCAGAACAUUCUAUGUUUAAGAGUUUUAUUUACCGUUGGCAAUUCCUCAGGGAUUUCACUUUUCUCUUUAUUGACCAGUGUAAUUGAUGUGAACAUAUUUUGUGAAUUGAAAACAGUAUAUUUUAUUGCUCUUUCGGUUUGAUAUGAAAUAAAAGUUUUUGGUGAUUUGGAAUUUAUUUUUCAUUUUUAUGUUAACCUGAUCUCUCUUCUGAGCUUUAUUUCAUCCCUUGUCACACUUGCUGUUUUUAAACUACAGAAAGACAUACUGCUGGUCAAGGAGACCAAGUGGAGGCUGGUGCCGUAUUAUCUUCUCUACCUUAAUCCCGAUGUCACUUCCUCAGGGAGGCCCCAUCCCAGCCUCCAGACUAGGCUGGAUCCCACUACUUUUCCUUCUCCUUUAUUUUCCUUGUUAUUACAUGAUUUAUUCUUUUUUUUUAAAAAAAAUUAAUUGUAGUAAAUAUAUAUGUAACAAAUCAUUCGCCUUUUCAACAUUCUUCACAUGUACAAUUCAGUGAUAUGAGUUAUGUUUGUCAUGUCUUUCAACCAUUACUGUGCUCCAUUUUCAAAUUUUCCCAUGACCCUUAACAGAUGCUAAGUGUCCCUCAAGUAGUGAGUUCUCCUUUUCCCCUCCCUCCCACCCACUCCUGGUAACACUAAUAAACUCUGGGCUCUAUACCCUUGCCUAUUCUAGAUUUCAUGUAAGUGGACUCAUACAGUAUUUGUCCCUUUGUGACUGACUUCACUCAGCCAACAUGACUCACUCUUGAAAUUAAUUGUUCCAUGUCUAUCCUCCCUCCUAGACUUUAAUUUCCUUGAGAGAAGGCUCCUGUCUAUCCUUUCUACUGAUAUAUUCCCAGCACUUUGCAGGUGGUAGUAAAUAUGAGUUCACUGAAAGAAUUAGUGGCCUAUAAGAAAAGGUAGCAGAGAAACAACUACUUGAGGAAGACCUAAAGGAGAGUAAAGGGGGUGAAGCCAGUCAAACAGGUAUGUUACAUCUAGUAAAUAUGAGCUAUUCUGUAGGUGGUUGUUAUCUUAAUUUGGCUUCCCCCAGAAGCAGACUCUGAGACAACGAUUUAGGGCAAGUAGUUUAUCUGGAGGGCAAUUCCAGGAAGCAUCAGUACAGAAAUGGGGAAACGAGACAGGAAAGGGGAGGAAACCCCAAAAGCAUGCAUUAUCAAGCAAGUUCCCUCUGUGGGAAAGUGGAAUUUAAUCCUCUUGGGGAACCCUGGGAAACGAUGUAGAACUCACACCUUAGAUAUCUCAACUGAGGGGUGAGGGAAUUGGGAUAUUUAUUCACCAACUUCCAUCCGUCACUGGUUGAGGCAGUCCUGACCUGCCAUGAAUGCUGACAGAGUAGGCUCAGGUAGUCUGCAGGAACUCCUGGGUAGGGACACAGUUUCUGGUGUUGAGAGCUGAGAUGGGGUUUAUGGAAAUGGUAGGCACUGAGGGAAUAUGGAUGGGCCGUUGAUAGUGUCUGCCCCCUGCUCUGCUCAGAUCCACUUGUGUCCCACAUUACUUUUACUCCACCUUGUCACUACUUCUCCAAGUCACAAUUUCCAAAACAAACACACAUAAACAGGAAGUUUAGUGAGACAAGCUCCAGUCCCUGUUGCUGAAGUUGGUCCUGAGCCCAUGACUGAUACUGACCUGCUGUCCUCUACCACCCAUUCUAGGUUCCUCUCACGCUUGGUUAGGUCUGCUGGUCUAGGUUGCUUGAAAGGUGGGGUACUUCAUCCCUGAGGGGUCUUAGUCCCUGGUUAUUAGGCUCUUGUCCAAUCCUGUUUGCUAAAAUUGCCAGUUUAUGUUUAUCACCAAGCAUGGGAACACAAAGUGGCACCCCAGUGGACCCCCUGAGUUCCAGAUAUAUUUCCCCUUGUCCCCAGUCCUGCCCCUGUUUCCUCAUGAUAAUCACCUCUGUUUGCCAGUACAGUAACUCCUUUCUUUGCUAGCUGGUUUACUAACAUGAGGAGCCCCAAUGACCAGGCAUCAGCUGUAGUUUUAGGUUGAGUGAAACUCUUAUGUCCCCUAGUAGACAUAUUCCCCACCAACCCCCAGGAGCAAUGAACUCUAGCCUAUCAGAGCCUAAAGUUGAAGGGAUGUUGUUGUUGUUAGGAGCCGUCAAGUUGGUUCCUGCAUAUAACAGAAUGAAACACUGCCAGGGCCUGCUUCAUCUUCACAAUCAUUGCUAUGCUUGAGCCCAUUGUUGCAGCCACUGGGUCAAUCCAUCUCAUUGAGGGUCUUCCUCUUUUUCAUUUACCCUCUACUUUACCAAGCAUGAUUUGGAAACCCUGGUGGUGUAGUGGUUAAGUGCUACAACUGCUAACCAAAAGGCCGGCAGUUCGAAUCCGCCAGGUGCUUCUUGGAAACUCUAUGGGGCAGUUCUACUCUGUCUAUAGGGUUGCCAUGAGUCGGAAUCGACUCAACGGCGGUGGGUUUUUGGCAGUGGUUACCAAGCAUGAUGUUGUUCUCCAGGGACUGAUCUCUCCUGAUAACAUGUGAGAUGUAGUCUCAUCAUCCUUGCUUCUAAGGAGCAUUCUGGUUGUACUUUUUGCAAGUUGAAGGGAUGGGAAACACAAAUUCUCCCAGUGGGCUACAGAGUUACAGAAGCCAUUCUUACCUCUGGGCUCCUAGACUUGUGUUUUCUACCUAUUAGAGACUGCUGUGGAUUGAAUUGUGUCCACUUAAAAUAUGUGCUGGAACCCUAACCCUUAUAUCUGUGGAUGUAAUCUAAUCUAAUCAUCUUCUAUGACGCCAUCUAAUCUAACGUAAUGAAUCAGCCAGUUGAGAUCAUACCAGUGUAGUUGUUAUAUGACGUCAAGUUGAUUCAGACUCAUAGAGACCCUACAGGACAGAGUAGAACUACCCCAUAGGGUUUCCAAGGAGCGGCUGGUGGAUUCAAACUGCUCAUCCUUUGGUUAGCAGCCUGAGCUCUUAACCACUUUGCCGCCAGUGCUCUUUCCCAGCGUAGAGUGGGUAGAAAUUUUUGGUACUUAGUUGCACUAUCAGCUAAUUAUCUCAAGAAAGCUGCAAUAAUUUAGAAAUAACAAGAUUCCUUUUGUAAUCUUACCAAAUGCAUUUAGUAACCAAGAAUGAUGAAAUAAUGCCCAUACAGAGGGAUGUACAGGAAGUACAGUAAUUAUUUGUAGAAUGAAUGACUUCUUGGAAAUUAUCUGUUGAAAGGAGGUUUCACUAAUGGGAAUUGCCACUAGAUGGCAACAGAGACUCAUGGAAUCUAAUUUUGUAAGGGGUUUUUUUAAGAAAGGUCUACUCAGGGUUCAUUCAAGAGUUCUGCAGUUUUUAUGGAAGGAACCUCCGUUGUGACAAGCCCUGUGCCAGAUAUUUGCUGACUUAUGAAUCAUCAAACCAAAAACCAAACCUGUUGCUGUUGAGUUGUUUCAGACUCUUAGCGACCCUAGAGGACAGAAUAGACUGCCGCACGGGGUUUCCAAGGCCGUAAAUUUUUACGGAAGCAGAUUGCCACAUCUUUUUCCCACAGAUGGUUGGUGGGUUUGAACCGCUGACUGUUCUGUUUGUUGGCAGCCGAGUCUUAACCCCUGUGCCACCAAGGCACGUAUGAAUCACAGUGAUAUUACACUUUGGAAUGUCAUAAUAUACUGUAUGAAUUAUAGUCCUUUUGGAGUCCUGAUGAAGCAGUGGUUAAGAGCUUGGCUGCUAAUCAAGAAGUCAGCAGUUCGAAUCCACCAGCCACUCCUUGGAAACACUAUGGUGCAUUUCUACUCUGUCCUAUAAGGGUUGGUAUGAGUCAGAGUUGCUAUUUAUAAGGUUUUCACUGGUUAAUGCUUUUUAGUAGUAGACUUCCUGAAGACUAAGGUGCACCUGACCCAAGCCAUUGUAUUUUCAAUCACAUCACAUGCGUGUGAAAGCUGGACAAUGAAUAAGGAAGACCGAAGAAGAGUUGAUGCCUUUGAAUUGUGGUGUUGGUGAAGAACGUUGAAUAUACCAUGGACUGCUGAAAGAAUGAACAAAUCUGUCUUGGAAGAAGUACAACCAGAAUUCUCCUUAGAAGCAAGGAUGGCGAGAUUGCGUCUUACAUACUUUGGACACGUUGUUAGGAGGGAUCAGUCCCUGGAGAAGGAUAUCAUGGUUGGCAGAGUCCAGGGUCAGUGGAAAAGAGGAAGACCCUCAACAAGGUGGAUUGACACAGUGGCUGCAACAAUGAGCUCAAGCAUAACAACGAUUGUAAGGAUGGCGCAGGACCGGGCAGUGUUUUGUUCUGUUGUGCAUAGGGUCGCUAUGAGUCGGAAGCGACUCGACGGCACCUAACAAUGACAACAACGUGAGUCAGAGUUGACUGGACGGCAACGAGUUUGGUUUAUAGCCCUUUUACUAAAUGCCUGAUUCUUGAUGGGGAUUUUUCUCAUUAGAUUCAGAAUUAGUCUAAAUUCUGAAUGUUGCAGUGAAAGUUAAUACAGCCUAUUGAAGAGAAAUUUGGCAAAUAUUUAUCAAAAUUCAAAAUGAGAAUGCCUCUUUGACUAGCAAUUUCAUAUUGAGGCAUCAUCUAUCUUAUAGAAAUACACAUGCACAAAAAUAUACAUAUAAGAAUGGUUACUUGCAAACAUUGUCUUUAAUAGUGAAAAACUGAAAAUAAUGUAAUGUCCACCAGAAGUCUGUUUAAAUAAAGUUACAACAUUUUUAAUUAAUUAAAGGGACAAAAGGGGUACAGCAAUCUGCCCUACAAGGAAAGAUCUUCAAAAUACAUGAAUUACAAUGUCUCAUAGACGUUGAGUAUUUAGGAGUGUGAUAUUUGCACAUCUGUAGAAAAACGUCUGAAAGAAUACACACUCAACUGAUAACAAUGGUUAACUCUGGGGAGGGGAGUGUCUUAGUUACCUGGGGCUGCUAUAACAGAAAUACCACAAGUGGGUGGCUUUAGCAAACAGAAGUUUAUUCUCUCACAGUCUACUAGGGUAGAAAUCAAAUUCAGGGUGUCAGCUCCAGGGGAAGGCUUUCUCUCUGUGUUGGCUCUGGAAGAAGGUCCUUAUCAUCAAUCUUCCCCUGGAUUAGGAGCUUCUCCGCACAGGAACCCUGGGUCCAAAUGAUGCACUCUGUUCCUGGCACUACUUUCUUGGUGGUAGGAGAUUGCCAAAUCUCUGCUCACUUCCCUUUCCUUUUAUCUCUUGUAAGAUAAAAGACGGUACAGCCCUCACCCCAGGGAAACUCCAUUUACACUUGAUCAGGGAUGUGACCUGAGCAAGGGUGUCACAACCCACCCUAAUCCUCUUUAACAUAAUCUAACCUUGCCUCAUUAACCACAGGCUGAGAUUAGCAUUUAUAACACCCAGGAAAAUUUUAUCAAUCACAAAAUGGAGGACAACCAUAAAACACCGGGAAUCAUGGCCUACGUUGACACAUAUUUUUGGGGGACACAAUUCAAUCCAUGACAGGGAACAUUAACUUUUUAUCAUAUAUACUUCUAUAUUAUUUGUAGACAUUAGAAAUAUAAUUAAAAAAUUAUUAUAGAAAUUUUUGAAGGAAAGGAAAAAAUAAUCCUAACACCCAACAGGCAACACUGAACUACUAUGAAUAAUCUAGUGUCUUCUACAUGAAAAUUUUCUGAUAUUCAUUGUGGCCCCAGUAUAUAAGUAUAGAGUAUUGUAAACAUGGAGAGAGUAAAUCAGGCUUUCUAUCUUAAAAGUCCAUUUAUUUAUAUUGUACAACUGCCUUGGUUCCAAUUCCAGCUUUCCCAUUUA